CUUUUUUUAGAAAUAGACCAAUAUGGUAAUCUAUGUUAAGGGUAUCAUACAUGGUAAGUGUUGAUGGUAAGUUGGUGAUAUGUUCACGCCCCUUAUUGUCGACUCCGCGGCAAUACGCGGGUUCCGUACUAGUAUAUCAAAAAGGAGAAGUGAUGUACAAAAAUGUAAUUUUGUUAUAAGUACAAGUUUUGAAGCAAGAUAUACAAGAGUAUGCAAGCCAAUAUAAUAGAGAGAUGAAUUUAUUUUUAAGACGCAUUAAGGCUAAAACUGAGAUUUUGCAACAGGAUGUAUUGAAUGCCGCAUUCAUUAUUAUCUGUUAUAGCCACCUCUUCAGUUUCUUUGUUUAUGGCUAUAACUUCUAUAGAAGUACAAUUCAUUUCUCAUCUUCCUACUCUCUCUAUCUUUUCAAAUCCAAACUACUAUGGUGUGCUCCGAUGGUGGGGUUGCUCUGGCGAUGAUUCAAACCAUGACUACAGAUCUGAAAAUUAAGCCAAGACGGAUUCAGAGGAACAUUCAAGUAUGCUGUUGUUUACUUUCCUUUCUACAGAUUUAGGGCAUCAAUUUGUUUUCAAUGAGUGGAUGGUUUUUAGUAGUUGCAGGUGAUUUCUCUGUUCCUUUCUUGCUCUUAGAAGUUGCGACCGAUUACCUUGUUUAUUAACUCCGGCAACAAAACUGGUGUCUCGAUGUCUCUUAAUGUUGUGAGGUUUCAUAGGAGGCAUUGGUGGCAAUCCUGUUAUCUCUGGGCAGGUACAGGAAAAAUCCUAAGUAUAAUAUGUAGUGCUCUGCAAUGGCUUGUUGAUCGAAAGCAACGUCAGAAUAAUGACAGUUUAGUCGAUAUGCAUCCGAAUGGAAAGGAUGGAGAUUGUGUUGGAUCCGAUGAGGAAUCAGAUUGGUUAAGGAAUAGUUUUGGGAGUAAAGAGGUUGAAAGCCCUAAAAAGAAGGUUAAGGUGAAGAAAAGGUUAGGGUUUAGUAGUAAACAGCGCGACGAAAUUGAAAUCGAGGAGAGUUUUAGGGAUUUGUAUAGUCAGUUGAGAGACAUUGAAGUUGAUUUGGAACAAAACGUGAUAGUGAGAGGUGAUGGAGAGAGGUUAGAUGAUAAGGAGCUUUUGGUAGACGAAUACGAGAGUGGAGAUGAGAAGAAUGGAUUGUGUAAGAGAAAAGGGGGUGGAGUUUGUUGCGGUUGGUCUUCGAGUGACGAUGAAGAUGAAGAUAAAAGAGUUUAGCGAUACAGAAGAAGAAGAAACGAAUUUUAAAAUUUAUUUUUGUAGUAGAACUCAUUUGCAGCUAUCACAGUUUGUAAAUAAUUGAGGAGGACUGAUUUCGGUAAUGAGCUAAAGGUUGCUUGUUUGGGCUCUAAGAAGAACUUCUGCAUAAAUGAAGAGGUAAUGAAGCUUGGAAAUUGCACUCUCAUAAAUGAGCGGUAUUUGGAUCUUCAAAAGAAUAAGAAAAGCCAAAUUUCUAAAAAGAAGGACACUGAAAGAUUUGUGAGCAGGGAAGAAGGCAUUGCUCUUGCCAAAGAGCUCAAAUGUUUAUUUCUUGAGUGUAGCGCGAGAACUCGGGAAAAUGUACACCAAUGUUUUGAAGAGCUUGCAUUAAAGUCAACCAAAAGAGCAGGAUGGGUGAAAAGAGACAUUGUGGGCCCUGAAUCUAUUGUAGAUUACAUGUAUAGAAUGGGGUUAAUGGCUCUUAUUGCCAAUGAUACUCCUGGAGUCAACGAGACAACAAUAUACCAUAUGUGUAAACUUGGUGGAGGACCACGAAGUGCAUAAACACUCUUCCUGCUCCUGUUACUUGGUAUUACAAAUUCGUUGUCAUUUUGGUAACAAUUUUGAUUAAGUAUAUGAUGGUUUAUUUGAGGCUCACAUGUUAUUCUUAAUUAAUGUAGCAGGUUAGUGUGUGUUAAAUAGGAUUUAUUAAAUAAAACUAAUUUAGGAGUGUUAUUUAUCCGCUAAAAUAGUUUAGGAGGCUGUGAAUUAAAAGUACACGUCAAGCAACUUGCAACUAGGGUGUAAAUGAGCCAAGCCCUGCGUGAGCUACUAAAGACCGACUCACACAAAAAGCUCGAAUCAAGCUGAGCUUGAACGAGCUCGGGCCGAGCGCAAGCUUGAAUUGGAACUUGUUUGUUUAAUUAUUUUGUGUACUUUCAUAAUUUUUGUAUCUAUUGAUCUUUAGGUCAAGUAGUUACCAUUCACAAACCUAGCGAGUCGGAAACAAGGUUGACCACUGCAUCAAAGUUGAACCAACUAGCCAUUUUGUACUGCACGGCUACAUGGUGAACUCGGUAACCCGGGCAAUCAAAUAGCUGCCUAUGGUCAACUCGGUAACCUGGGCAAUUAACAAGCACCUUUCCUCAAAGUCCCACCAAGUUUUUUCAAACUUUGCUAUAUCCCUUGGUGUAACGGUAUUAACUUGUACAUCAUGUUUUAAAUUUGGUGUAUUUAUUUGAAUGACAAAUCUUUUGUUUAUUGUAACUUUUAGUAUUUUAGAAAUAUACCAAUAUGGUAAUCUA